AUGUGCCACAUCUUAAUCGAAGAAAGAAUGCUACAGAACAAGAGACACAGCACUUCAAAGAAGAAAAUCCUCAUCACCACUCUCAUGGUGAUGGGAGUUCUUGUUGUGGUUGUUAAUCUUUGGGUCCCUGAAGAUUUAACUAACAACAAACACACCGUACUUCAAGAAGAUGUGAGAAAGUCUCUCAUCCAACAAAAGCCAGCAACCAGAAGUUCUUCUUAUAAAUACUCCUGGCCAAAAUGUCGCACAAACAUAUCUGCUGCCAGCGUCCCCGGCUUCAACUCACUUCCUCGUCUUAUACAAGACUUUCUCUACCAUCGCCACUGUCGACAUUUUCCCAUGAUACUGGAUGUUCCUGACAAAUGUGGAGGAGCUGAAGGAUCUGCAGAAGUCUUUCUUCUACUGGUCAUUAAAAGCUCUCCUGGGAACUACGACCGUCGAGAGGUGCUGCGUAAAACCUGGGCUAAAGAGAGAUUGCAGAACGGUGUGUGGAUCCGAAGACUCUUCAUUGCAGGAACAGCAGGUGAUGGUUUUGAGAAAAAGAGACUCAACAACCUCCUUGACCUGGAGCAACAUGAGAACAAUGACAUCCUCCAAUGGGACUUUGAUGACACAUGCUUCCUGUUGUCCGGCUACUCAGCUCUGGUCAUGUACAACAUGUCCCACUCCGUCAUGUUUCAUAACAUUGAUGAUGUCUUCAUAGCACUGUGUAUGGAGAAAGCAGGAGUACGUCCUACAUCUCACAUAGGAGUGAAGAUAGCAGGGCAUCGCAGUCCCGGCAAUAUUGAUCCAUUAGAACCUUGUUAUUUCAAAGAAAUUCUGCUUGUUCACAGAUUCCUUCCACCUGAAUUGUACGUUAUGUGGAAGCGGCUACAUGAUCCUAAUCUGAAAUGCUUUCACAGUAACAAAUAGCAACCUACAGGUGAUGAAAAUGUUUAGUGGUGAUUAUUUUUGCUUAACAGCUUCUUUAUUAUGUACACUUCUACAGUCUAAUGCUUGAUCCAAAAACAACAAUUCUACUGUUAGUAAGAUCCUGCUAAUGAUCAAAUCAGAACUUUUUUUAGAUCACUGGUUUUCUGUCAUUACCUUUAUUAAAAAUAUGAAAUAAUGUUUUAGUUUGAGCUGAUGUUUAGCCUUCCUUGUAUCCAUUCAAAAUCUAUUCAGAAUUGUUGCAUUUGUGACAUUUGUGGGGAAAAAAUAAAAGUGUAUGUCAACUAUAAAGCUUUGUAUGUGGUAUUAACAUGUCACCUUGUCUGCAGAACUUUGAUCGGCUCUUGCUCCUCUUACUGUUUGUUGUAAAGUUUGAUUAGCUGAAGGCCUCUUGAUUGUUUCUUCUCGUCUUGGUGGUGGAACGCGAUGAUAUGAACCCUAUC